GAGGGUGCGGGUGGCGGUUCGCGGGCUGUGAGGGAAUCCGGCCCCGCUCGGAGCCUGCACCUGCACCGGGAGCCAUGUGGUCAGCUGAUGAAAUCGCUGGGCUGUGCUACCUGCAUUAUAGGACGAGACUCCCCAGGCAGGGGAAGCCAGAUCCAAACAGGGAAUGGACUUCACUGGCAGCUGUUGUCAAAGUGGAGUCUGCAGCCCAAACUGAGGUUUUUGCUAGUCCGGGGAACCUCCAGGUAUCUAAGGAAGUUGUUGCUAUGGGAACUGGAACAAAAUGUAUUGGCCAAAACAAAAUGAGAAAAAAUGGAGACAUUUUGAAUGACAGUCAUGCUGAAGUUGUGGCCAAGAGGAGCUUCCAGAGGUACCUUCUCCAUCAGAUGUGGCUGGCAGUUUCCCAUCAGCAGUGUAGUAUCUUUAGUCCGGGAACUGAAACUGGAAAAUGGAAACUCAAACCAAAUAUCACAUUUGUUUUCUUCUCCAGUCAUACCCCAUGUGGAGAUGCUUCUAUUAUUCCAAUGAGUGAAGCAGAGAAGCAGCUUUCUAAGCCAGUGACUGCAGGUGAUGGAGCUGGACAAUCAGCAGAAUGUAGAAGUAACCAUAAUCAUUUGUGUCCAGGAGAUAAAAGGAAAGCAGAGAACAUGACAAAUAAUCGUGCAAGCAAGAGAAUGAAGACUGAAGAUGAUGGUUGUUUUUCCACAGUCACCGAAGACCUGCCUGUUCAGCAAGAAUCUGUAAAACGAGAAGACGACACAAAUCAAAAGUGCUGUGACUGUUCUGCAGAGAUUCAAACAGCUCAUAAGGAGACUGGCUUAGUGAGACCAAAGGUGGUAGAUGUUCAUAGAACUGGAGCCAAAUGUGUGCCUGGAGAGCUGGAUGAUGCCCGAACACCUGGGCUGGGGUACCACUGUGUGGGAUUAUUACGAGUGAAGCCAGGUCGUGGAGACAGAACCUGCUCUAUGUCCUGCAGUGAUAAACUGGCUCGCUGGAAUGUGUUAGGGUGUCAAGGAGCUCUUCUCAUGCAUUUCCUGCAGUAUCCAGUGUAUCUGUCGGCAGUUAUAGUGGGGAAGUGUCCAUAUAGCCAAGAAGCCAUGCGGAGAGCAAUUAUUGAAAGGUGUAAGCACAUCUCAUCUUUACCAGAUGGUUUUCUGGCUCAGGAGGUUAAGCUGCUGCAGUCGGAUCUUCGAUUCGAACACAGUCGUGAGGCAGUUCAGGAAAUUCAAUCUAACAGCAAAACAAAACUUGUUCCUUGUAGUGCAGCCAUCAGUUGGAGCGCAGUCCCUGAGGAACCUCUGGAUGUCACCUCAAAUGGCUUCCGCCAGGGAACAACAAAGAAGGGGAUUGGGAGCCAUCAGAGCAGAUCCAAGAUCUGUAAAGUGGAGCUCUUCCAUAAAUUCCAAAAGCUGGUGACAAGUAUUUCACAAGAGGAUCUACCAGACACUCUCCGGAUGAAGACUCUAAAAACCUACUGGGACUACAAGGAAGCUGCAUUAAAUUAUCAAGAAGCCUGGAAAGUGCUGCGUAGCCAAGCCCUGCUGGGUUGGGUCAAGAAUGCCAAGGAAUACUUGCACUUCACAUGAGAAUCCAUGUGGCUAUGUACAUCCAGCAAUAAGCUCUGGUCCACAGCAGAUACCUCUGCAGUUCAAGGUCCAGGAAAAGGUGUCCUCAAUUCAUGUGCUGUAAAGAGACAGGAGUGAAAAAGAAAGAAAUUUAUAGAGGUCUUUAUUUUCGUUGUGUUGAAGUGCCCUUUUUAUUUAAAUGCAGAAAACAAUCAUUGCUGACUUGAAGUUCUGAGCUGCAUGAAACAAUAUGCCUCCAAAAGAAAGGAAGCAGGGAUGUGCUGCCCUCUGUUAUAUGAGGAUAUGAUCAAUCUGCCAUAAUUGUUGCAGUGAAAGUAAUGUCACCUGAAAUUGAAGCAGUGCUGUGGAAGAAAGGCCGUCAUUGUAAAAUUUUAGUGCUGCUUUUUUCUUCCACUCCUCAUAAUGUUAUGAUUGGUUUUCUGUUGCUGGGACAACACUAAUGUAUAGUAAGUAAUAUUUUUAUAACUCUUGGCUCUCUCCUUGUCUGGUGCCUGGAAGAAUUUUCCAUGUCCCCCAGCCCCAUUGCUUCUAACUGGAAAUACUAGUUCUGUUAAAGCGUCAUUUUUUCUGGGAAUCAUUCAUAUAUAGUGCUACUUACUAAAUAUAGCCACAGCUACUGCCACAGCAGAAGUGAAAGAGUGCUGGGGAGGAGUUUGUGUCAAAUAAUACCUCUUAUGAUAUCCCAUGCAUCUCUCUUAAUUUCAGGACUUUGACAGAUAACCCUCCAACUGCUUUGCUUCCACAGGAAAGAAAGAAAUGUCCUGAAUUACGUGAUUCAAACCUGUCAAUCCUGUGGAAUGACAGGCAAACAUUUACCUACUUUUCAGUGUUUCAAGCACUGUGCAUCCCCCUUGUCCCCCUGUGGGACACGGUUAAUUAAAAGCAGAAAUGCCUUAGCCAUUUAUGUCACUCUUCCCUGGCAAGUGUUCAUUAAUAACCUGGCAAAGGUGGAGGUGCUUUGGGGGGACUGAAAGUAGUCUCUGGCAUGCGUCUUGCAGUCUCUUGUCAUCAUGCUUUAUUACCAACUAACAUCUGCAUGGCAAAACCGUCAGCACUGCGAGCAGUUGUGGGGGAAGCAGUGGAUGGAUAAUCCUCCCUAAACUUUCUGUCCCAGUUAUUGCCUUCUGUGAGCAAGUUCAGGACUGUGUAGCUGCUACUGAGCACACUCCCCCUUUGUAUUUUUUCUCUUGUAAACCACAAAUCAUAAAAUAUUUGGACAAGGCAAUGGCAAGAUGAAAGAAGUGGAUAAUUUGGAGCAUAGGAAUUCUUCAGUGAUUUGAAUUUUCCGCUCUUCAGUAUAUUACAGUUUUGGAUUUGAAAAAUGGGCACAGCAGUUCUCCAAACAGCCUUUGCUGUCAACCUGCUGAGCUAGAUAUGGGACCAGACAGUAUACAUCACAUUACAUUCUGAGAAUUGAUUACAGCAAAUCCUUUUACUUCAUGAUUACAUUGACUUGUCAAAUAAGUAUAGUUCUCUCUCACUUGUUGAAGAAAUAAUAGAAAACUUGAAUUCCGUGUGUAUAAGCCUAUCCUCUGAAAUGCAGCACUAAGACCAGUUGUACUGGUGAGGGAGGAGUCAUUGUAUGUUUGUAGAGGGCAGGGGAUUAUGGAGAUUGGGUGACUUGCAUAAUUCAUCAGAGGAUAAAAAAUGGCCAGAUGCCAUUGCACAUGGGCCACAGGGUGAACUGCUGAAGACAAAUGGUAGCAGUUACUGUAGCUGAGCAAACAGCGUUCCAAAGGCAGUCCUGUAGUGUACAUAAAGAACUACCAGUAAAUUUCCAGGUUCCUGAAAUUUGCCUAUGUCGUUUCCUGAAAUCUUGCACAAACUAUUAACUUACCAUACCUACUGUCCCUUUGUUAAUCAACAAUGUCUUAGUGAACCUGCUGACCAGACUGGAAUGUUCCCAUUUCCUAUUCAGCUGCAAUAUUAAAAUGGGUUGUGUAAGACUCGUUCUGUAGUCUUGGCAUCAGACUGGUUUUCAGAUGAGCAGUUAUAUGAUUUAAAUUCUUAUAACUCUUUUCUAAAAUUUGAGCCUGGCUGUUAGGAUUGUUGCUGGUAAGAUUUUUCUGUGCAUUUGUAAGAUACUUGUGAACUGUCAGUGCCAUUUUUCUGUUACUUGUCAGAUUUAAAAUCAGUUUUCGAGGUGCUGAAUACUGAUAUUAACCUCAUGUUUUGGGUGGAGUUGAGGACAUAUUUAAGCUAGAGCAUGUCAAUGAAUAUACAAAGAGAGGGAAGGAGCUAAAACAAAACAGCAUUUAAAAGGCUAAGCCUGUGGAGGAUCUUAUACUCAACUGGAUGGCAUUUCUGUGACGGAAAAUAAGUAUUUAAAUGCUGCAUCUGUUUAAUUCCAAAAUGUCAAGAAAUGCUGUAAGCAGUACUGAGAAAGUGGUCUAAAAUUCAGAAGGGAAAGAUGCAGAGAUAGGAGAGGACAGUCUCUGCUUUUGUAAGAGGUAGCAAACUAAACUUUGAUCAUUGUCAGCAGCUCUUUGGAAGAACUGCUCCUGAAAAGUACCAGUUGAUGUGUUCCAAGCUUGUAUCACUCCUUUGUGCUAGGAUAGCUGACACCCUGAGAAACAGAGAUAGGCAGGGCACAGGGAGGACAGCAGAAUGCAGACUCUGCCACAGGGGAGCAGAGCUGGGUGGAGUGAAGUAACAGGAAUGAAGUUCAUGGUUAAGGACCACAUUAAAACAAUUCAUAGUGGGAGAGCAGAGCAUAGGAGGGUGCCAAGGCUCCCAUGGGAUGUGUCAAAUGCUCUACAGAGCAUAUUUGUACUACCCAGAUAGGUCCUUGACUUUCCCAAACUAAUAUGGGGACCAGUGGUCCCUGAUUGCCAGAAUAAAGAAACUGUAAUCAUUGAGUGGGAUGUCUUUAACAGCCUCACUGUUGGAGACAUCAUUCUGUUCUCAAUCAUAGUGAGAAGGCAGGGCAGACUCCCUGCUCAUCUUUAAGGAAGUCAAAACCAGAACAUAGAAACAAGUGUUUUUGUCCAAGGGUUAGGAGUAACCAAUCUGUUUGACCUGGAGGCUGCAGUUCCAUGAGACAGGAUGCUAUCAUCCCACUAACUUUGAAAAAGCAAGAUUUUGAUCUUCACAGUGUGCUUCCACUGCUCACCUUAAACAGGCUGGAAGGCUUACUAUCUCAAUACAUUCAGAGUAAAUUGAAGACUAUUUAAAUAACUGUAUUUGUAGAAAAACAAACCUCAAGUCCGAAGGAAGGUGUAGCCUUUCAGUAGAAAUUAAAUGAGCUUUGCAAUAAAUCCAGUAAGCACUAUAGGAAGGGAAGAGCUCAGGCUGUGCUGCUGAGGGCAGGAGAAUUCUGUUGGUAAGGAGGAAAGAAAGGUGUUGGAGUUCUUUCUCUCAUAGUAUCUGAUAAUGCCAUGAGCAGGUUGCAGCAAUGAUUUGCAGGUAGAAGCAAGAUAAUUUUUGAGAAAAGACCACCUAAAUGGUGUGAAUACUAAAUAUUUACUGAAUACUAAAUUCAUCCAGUUAUAUCAGUCUAGUUAUAUCAGAGGUGACAUUUCAGUUCAAAGAUAGGUGAUACAGAAGUGUUGCUGUGUAGUAGUAAGGAGGUAUUUCUUCGUUUUCUAUUCAGUAUAUUAAUUUAAAUGCCUUCCCAAUCUUAAAGGGUUAACAGCAAGUGAAGAUCAUAUGGGACCCAAGUGCUUAUAAUAAUUUUAUAGGAGUGACUGUACUUUCUAAAGGGAUGCAUUUCGUCUAUGCAUUUCAAAAGGAAAUCUCUUGAUGUUUUAUCACCAUUUUAAGUGCAUCUGCAGAGGAAAAGUAAAGUUACUGCUGUAGAACAUUUAUCCUUGCAUUCUCUAGAAUUACUUGCAUAUCUGGGCUCCUUAAUCUAAACUAAUAAAUACAGAGACAUUAAAGAGAACAGUCAUGUGGUGUUCUAAGAGGAUUAUGAAGGGUAAUACAAAAGUCACCUCGAUCAUAACAUCUUUCCUUACUUUUAGAUAUAUCUAUUUGCUAGCCUGUAAUUACGUUUAUCUAGCAGUUUUAACUGAUGUGUUAACAGCUAAGAAAAAAUAUUACUUGAUAACUAGAAAAACUGUGAAGUUUCAGCUUAAAGGAAACAACACUUUCCAGUAAUAAAAGGUAAUUAAAAAAAAAAGACAUAUGAAAUCACUUUUCUUAAUUCUGAAUCAAAAAUUCUGUUAGGAGUAAACAUUAAUGCCUGGAAAGGGGGUUAGAGGGAAUUCAGGACGGAAGCAGUGAUGGAAUGUUUACUAAAGCAGUGCUAUACAGUGCAGUGCUAUUGUGAAUAAUGAAAGGCUUACUGAGACCAACAGAGCAUUUUCUGAUGCAGUCAGCACAUGGAGCACAGUUACUGUGACAAGCCUCAAUAAUAGAGUAGUGUGAACAUUUCACAGGCUCCUACCUUCACAUUUUGGAGUCUUUCUGCCAACACUUGUGAAUGAGUGCAGAGCCAAACAUAAUUCUAGGCAUAAUGUGUCUUCAUGGAACUUUGAGUUAGUAUGAAUUUAAUUUUGGAAAGUGAUACAUUCCCACUGUAACUGGAAACAUUUUAAAAAUUAAAUUUUUAUGCACCAUGUAGUGUGAAAGUGAAGUAAAACUUUUAUUUGGAAUGUAAACUGUAUUUAGUGUUUCCUUGCUGGCUUAGGAAGGUCAGUGUGAUGCUACUUUUCCAAGCCAGUGGUAUCCUUUAAUAUCAAGGCAUGAACUUCAGUACUGUGCAACUGAGUCAAUGAGGUGGUUUUUCCACCCUCUUCUCCUGGGUGAUCCACAGGUUUGCUUCUUUGCCUGUAAGUAGAAGUAGCUGCGUUACUUUGCUAAGCCCAUUUGAAGAGAAGAUUUUGGUUUCUGAUUAAGCCUCUUCACUUUUGCUGUACUGUGUACAUGCUUUGGCAACAGCACUCAAUAAACUGGAGGAACUGAUCUUGAA